AUGGCACGCUUAGAACAAAUAGCUGAAUUGAAAGGACAUACCGAUCGAGUUUGGUCUGUUGCCUGGUCACCCACAGGAAAUGUGCUUGCUUCAUGUGGAGGUGAUAAAACUGUUCGUUUGUGGGUACUUGUUUCUGACGCGGAACCCUCAAAAUGGGUAUGCACGCACGUUUUAGAAGGAUCACAUAAAAGAACUGUACGAAGUAUGUCAUGGAGUCCCGACGGACGUCAAUUGGCAACUGCAAGUUUUGAUGCCCUUACGGGCAUUUGGGAACGAGAUGAAGGAGGAGAAUAUGAAUGCGUUGUUACACUAGAAGGUCAUGAAAAUGAAACGAAGUCAGUUUCUUGGGCAUCGUCGGGAACAUUGCUUGCUACUUGUGGUCGUGACAAGAGUGUAUGGAUCUGGGGAGUCGCAGCUGAUAACGAUUUCGAAUGCUUAAGUGUCUUACAAGAACAUACACAAGAUGUAAAGAUGGUCUUGUGGCAUCCAACAAAAGAGAUUUUAGCAUCUGCAAGUUAUGAUGACACAAUUAAAAUAUGGCGAGAAGAUGAUGACGAUUGGUAUUGUUCGGAUACUUUAGAAGGGCACGAGAGCACAGUAUGGGCUAUUGAUUUUGAUAAAACUGGAGAAUACAUAGUUUCCGCCUCAGAUGAUAGGACGCUUAAAUUUUGGCAUUGUUAUUAUCCAAAUAACCAGGAAGGUAUUGUUACAGCUCGUAAUGAACCAAAAUGGAAGUGCGUAUGUACCCUAAGUGGUUCUCAUCAACGAUGUGUUUAUUCCGUGAGUUGGUCUAAGGUUCAUGGUCGUGUUGCAAGUGGUAGCGGUGAUAAUGUCAUUAGGAUAUUUGAGCAGGACGAAUCAUCUGUAUCAUCAGUGGAUAAUUCUUCGAGUGCUCCUAAUUUUUCAUUAGUCGCUUCGGUUGCUUCAGCACAUGGAAUUGCUGAUGUGAACUGCGUGCGAUGGUAUCCAACAGAAGAACAUUCUGAUUGGCUAGUUUCUGCAGGUGAUGAUGGAAUUGUGAGGAUAUGGAGAUUUGUCGAAGGCUGA